CCUCCUCAGCAUGUUCAACACUGCCCUGGACCAGGCCAGGCUCACCUACACCAGGCACACCCAGGCAGGGCUGCAGCUCGGAGCUUGGACUCUGCCCGUGGAAGAAGAGUGAUGCAGAAAUAUGAAGAAAUGAUCCAGCUGCUCGACAGGUAUCAGGAAAAGCUGUAUUUAGACUGGUCCCAGACAGUCUCAGAAAAAUCCCAGUACAACCUCAGUCAGCCUCUCCUCCGGCGAGAUCCACAGACCAAACUGCUCACAGUCAAUUUUGAUCCCCAGCUGGUGUCGGUGCUGAGGGAGGUGAGCUACCUGAGGGACAGCGGGGCAGGAGCCAUCCCCCCAGCAGCAGCUGACAUCUACUCCUGCAAGGAAUCCUUCCAGCAGCUGGUGGCUGGCCUGGAGCUCAUGGGGAACAGGUACAACAAGGUCCUGAGGACGCUGCUGGAGGUGGAAUAUCCUCUGGUGCAGGGGCAGCUGCAGGACAUCGACUUGAAGCUGAGAGAGGCAGAAGAGACGCUGACCUGGAAGAUGGAGGGUGUCUGGGAUCACAUCUCCAGGGUGAUGGCUGAUGUCCAUGACCUGGAGCAGAGGGUGCAGAAAGCCAAGGAGAAUGUUGAGGAGAUCCAGAGCAUCGUGCAAUCCUGGGAGUCGCCCAUAUUGGAGAGGAGGGAUUCCAGAAAGGAGUCAGUGCUGAGCCUGGAGGAGUGCCAGGAGCGCCUGGAGCAGCGCUACAGCCUGGUCAGGGAGUCUGGGCACAGGAUCCACUCCCUGCUGAAGGAAAACCAGAGCCUCCUACUUGCAGACCCAGCCUCUGAUGCCUGGAAGGUGUAUUUGGAUUAUGUGGAUGAGAUAGUCCUGGAUGGAUUCUUCACUGCCAUUGAAUGCUCACUCAAGUACCUCCUGGAGAACACAGAUCCCAAGGCAGGGCUCACUCCCCUGUUUGAGGUGCAGCUGGAUUUGGUGAUCCCAGAUUUGGUGUUCCACCCUCCCUUGGACCCUGGCACCAAUGAUGGCUUCUGUGACAUGGUGGAAAAUCUUCUCCAGGGCAUCUUCCACAUCUCCUCACUGGUGCCCCGGCUGGCUGUGCACAGCGGCCUCUGCCACUACCAGGCUGACCUGGAGGCCAUGUCUGACCUGUGUUCAGCCCGCCAGGAGCUGCUGAGCCGCGCUCAGGCAGCAGUGGCCUCGUGCUGCGAGCACCGCGCGGGGCUGGAGCGUUUCUCACACCUGUACGGGGAGGACAGGAGGGAGCUGUGCCGCCAGUUCCUGCUCUAUGGCCGAGCCCUCACACCUGCAGACGUGGAGGGCCAGGAUGGGGUCCCUGAGGCGCCGCCCACGCUGCAGCAGUUCCGGGAGCACAUCGGCUCCUACGAGCAGCUCUAUGAGGAGGUGGCUCACAUGCAGCCCGUCUGCACCUUCCAGGGCUGGCUCAGGCUCGAUGCACGGCCCUUCAGGGCAGCCCUGCUCAAUGAGAUUAAAAGGUGGAGCUUGAUGUUCAAGCAGCACCUCCUGGACCACGUCACGCACAGCUUGGCUGACCUGGAUGAGUUCAUCCAAACUACGGAGAAAGGUUUGAGCAGAAAGGUGGAGAAAGGAGACUCUGGUGGCUUGGUGGAGGUCAUGGGUCACCUGCUGGCUGUGAAGGAACGUCACAGUGCCACUGAUGCCAUGUUUGAGCCCCUGAAGGAAACCAUUGAGCUGCUGAAGGCCUAUGAGCAGCAGCUGCCCGAGGAAGUUCACCAGCAGCUGGAGGAGCUGCCGGAGAAGUGGAGCCAGGUGAAGAAGCUGGCUGAGGCCGUGAAGCAGCAGGUGGCCCCUCUGCAGGCCAGCGAGGUGACGGCCCUGCGCCAGAGCUGCGCCGCCUUCGACGCGCGGCAGCUGCGGCUCCGCGAGCGCUUCGGCACGGAGGCGCCCUUCAGGUUUGACACUGAAAAGCCUUAUCAACUACUGGAUGCAAAGCACAUGGAGAUUAAACAGAUGGAGUCAGCCAUGACCUCGAUUUAUGAAUCAGCUGAUCUGUUUGAAGUCAUGGUGCCAGAGUAUAAACAACUGAAGCAGUGCAGGAAGGAGCUGUGUCUUCUCAAAGAGCUCUGGGACAUGAUCUCCCUGGUGAACAGCAGCCUCGAUGACUGGCAGAGCACCAAAUGGGCGGAGAUUAACGUGGAGAACAUGGAUCUGGAGUGCAAAAAGUUUGCAAGAGAGAUUCGGAAUUUGGAUAAGGAAAUGAGGGCAUGGGAUGCUUUCAGUGGGCUGGACAGCAAGGUGAAGAACAUGCUGACAGCCCUGAAGGCUGUGGCAGAGCUUCAAAAUCCUGCCAUCAGGGAAAGGCACUGGAACCAGCUGAUGCAGGUGACGGGCGUGAGGUUUGUGAUGGGCUCGGACACCACCCUGGCUGACCUCCUCAGGCUCAACCUGCAUCAAUUUGAGGGGGAGGUCCAUGGCAUUGUGGACAAAGCAGUGAGAGAGAUGAGCAUGGAGAAGGUGCUGAAGGAGCUGAGGGUGACUUGGAGCUCCAGGGAGUUUCAGUAUGAGCCUCACCCCCGCACCAACAUCCCCUUGCUGAAGUCAGAUGAGGAGCUCAUUGAAACGCUAGAAGACAACCAGGUGCAGCUGCAGAAUUUAAUGUCAUCCAAAUACAUUGCUUUCUUCCUGGAGGAGGUGUCUGCCUGGCAGAGGAAGCUCUCCACUGCUGACUCUGUUAUCUCCCUGUGGUUUGAGGUACAGCGCACCUGGUCCCACCUGGAGAGCAUUUUCAUAGGCUCAGGAGACAUCCGGGCACAGCUGCCCCAGGACUCCAGACGUUUUGAAGGUAUUGAUGUGGAUUUUAAAGAACUGGCCUAUGAAUUUCAGAAAACCCCAAACGUAGUUGAAGCCACCAAUAAACCAGGUCUGUCCCAGCAACUGGAGGACAUCCAGAGCAGGUUGUCUCUGUGUGAGAAGGCUUUGGCUGAAUAUUUGGACAUGAAAAGGUUGGCCUUUCCCAGAUUUUACUUCAUUUCUUCUGCAGAUUUACUGGAUAUUCUUUCCAACGGCACCAACCCACAUCUGGUGCAGCGUCACCUUUCCAAACUCUUUGACAACUUGGCCAAGCUGAAAUUCCAGGUGGACUCUGAGCAGAACUCAACCAAGGUUGGCCUGGGAAUGUACAGUAGAGAGGAGGAAUAUGUGCAGUUCAGUGAGCCCUGUGACUGCAGUGGGCAGGUGGAGGUGUGGCUCAGUCGCCUGCUGGACACCAUGAGGGCCACGGUGAGGGAUGGGAUGAGCGCGGCUGUGGCGGCGUACGAGGACAAGCCCAGGGACCAGUGGCUCUUUGACCACCCUGCCCAGGUGGCUCUUUGCUGCACCCAGAUCUGGUGGACAGCUGAGGUGGGCAUGGCCUUCUCCAGGAUGAAGGAAGGCUAUGAGAAGGCCAUGAAGGAGUACCACAAGAAGCAGGUGGCCCAGCUGAACACACUGGUGACAAUGCUGCUGGGGCAGCUCUCCAAGGGUGACAGGCAGAAGAUCAUGACCAUCUGCACCAUCGACGUGCAUGCGCGGGACGUGGUGGCAAAGAUGAUAGCACAGAAGGUGGACAGUGGCCAGGCGUUCCUGUGGCUGUCGCAGCUGCGGCACCGCUGGGCGGACGAGGAGCGGCACUGCUGGGCCAGCAUCUGCGACGCCCAGUUCCUGUACAGCUACGAGUACCUGGGCAACACCCCCCGGCUGGUCAUCACCCCCCUGACCGACAGGUGUUACAUCACCCUGACCCAGUCUCUGCACCUGACCAUGAGCGGGGCCCCUGCUGGCCCUGCUGGCACCGGCAAGACAGAGACCACCAAGGACUUGGGCCGUGCCCUGGGCAUCAUGGUGUACGUGUUCAACUGCUCUGAGCAGAUGGACUACAAGUCUUGUGGGAAUAUUUACAAAGGCCUUUCCCAGACAGGAGCCUGGGGCUGUUUUGAUGAAUUUAACAGGAUCUCAGUUGAGGUCCUUUCUGUGGUUGCUGUACAGGUGAAGAGUGUGCAGGAUGCAAUCCGGGAGAAGAAGAAAUCCUUCAAUUUUCUGGGAGAAGAGAUUAACCUAGUCCCCUCAGUGGGGAUUUUCAUCACCAUGAACCCUGGUUAUGCAGGACGAACUGAGUUACCUGAGAAUUUAAAAGCUCUCUUCAGGCCCUGUGCAAUGGUUGUGCCAGACUUUGAGCUCAUCUGUGAGAUUAUGUUGGUGGCCGAGGGCUUCCUCGAGGCCCGGGCCUUAGCCAAGAAGUUCAUCACGCUCUACCAACUCUGCAAGGAGCUCCUGUCCAAGCAGGAUCACUAUGACUGGGGGCUGCGGGCCAUCAAGUCUGUGCUGGUGGUGGCCGGCUCCCUGAAGCGCGCAGACCCCGAGCGGCCCGAGGAGCAGGUGCUGAUGCGCUCCCUGCGUGACUUCAACAUCCCCAAGAUAGUGACAGAUGAUGUGCCAGUGUUCCUGGGGCUCAUUGGGGACCUGUUCCCUGCUCUGGAUGUGCCUCGGAAGCGUGACCUGCGUUUUGAGGCCGUGGUGAAGGAGGCAGUGCUGGAGCUGCGGCUGCAGCCCGAGGACAACUUUGUGCUCAAGGUGGUGCAGCUGGAGGAGCUGCUCAGUGUCCGGCACUCCGUGUUCGUGGUGGGAGCUGCAGGCACAGGCAAGUCCCAGGUGCUCAGGUCCCUGCACAAGAGCUACCAGAGGAUGAAGCGCCGUCCUGUGUGGACAGACCUCAACCCCAAGGCAGUCACCAAUGAUGAGCUUUUUGGCAUCAUUAACCCAGCAACGAGAGAGUGGAAAGAUGGACUGUUCUCAUCAAUCAUGAGAGAGCUGGCCAACAUCUCACAUGAUGGUCCCAAGUGGAUGGUACUGGAUGGAGAUAUUGAUCCAAUGUGGAUUGAAUCUCUUAACACUGUGAUGGAUGAUAAUAAGGUGCUGACCCUGGCCAGCAAUGAGAGGAUCCCCCUGAGCCCCAGCAUGAGGCUGCUGUUUGAGAUCAGCCACCUGCGCACGGCCACCCCGGCCACCGUGUCCCGGGCAGGGAUCCUGUACAUCAACCCCUCAGAUCUGGGCUGGAAUGCCCCUGUGAGCAGCUGGAUUGACAGGAGAGAGGUGCAGUCUGAGAGAGCCAACCUGACCAUUCUGUUUGACAAGUACCUGCCUGUCUGCCUGGACACCCUCCGAACCAGAUUUAAGAAGAUUGUUCCCAUUCCUGAGCAGAGCAUGGUUCAGAUGCUGUGUUACCUCCUGGAAUGCCUCCUGACAGAGGACAACACACCUCCUGACUGUCCCAAGGAGCUUUAUGAGCUUUACUUUGUCUUUGCUGCUGUCUGGGCCUUUGGUGGGUCCAUGUUCCAGGACCAGCUCGUGGACUACAGAGUGGAGUUCAGCAAGUGGUGGGUGGCAGAAUUCAAGACAAUCAAGUUUCCUUCCCAGGGCACAGUCUUUGACUUUUAUGUUGAUCCAGAAACGAAGAAGUUUGAGCCUUGGUCUAAACUUAUUCCCCAGUUUGAAUUUGAUCCAGAGGUGCCACUGCAGGGCUGCCUGGUGCCCACGGCUCAGAGUGUUUGCCUGCGGUUCCUCGUGGCCAGGCUGCUGCAGCGCCGGCGCCCCGUGCUGCUGGUGGGCACUGCUGGCACAGGCAAGUCUGUGCUGCUGGAGGACACACUCUGCUCACUGGACACACACCUGUUCCUGGUGAAGAAGGUCCCCUUCAACUACUACACCACCUCUGCCAUGCUGCAAGAUGCGCUGGAGAAGCCUCUGGACAAGAAGGCUGGCAGGAACUACGGCCCCCCAGGCAGCAAGAGGCUGGUGUACUUCAUGGAUGACCUGAACAUGGCGCGGGUGGAUGCGUACGGCACCGCGCAGCCGCACACCCUGCUCAGGCAGCACCUGGACUAUGGCCACUGGUACGACAGGAGCAGGCUGUCCCUGAAGGAGAUCAGCAAUGUGCAGUUUGUGUCCUGCAUGAACCCGACUGCAGGGAGCUUCACCAUCAACCCCCGGCUCCAGCGUCACUUCUGUGUCUUCGCUCUCUCCAACCCUGAUCAGGACUCCUUAUCCAGGAUCUACAGCACCAUCCUAGUGCAGCACCUGGCCAGUGGGAAUUUCUCAGAGGCUGUGCAAAAAUCAGCCCAGCAGCUCAUUGCCCUGGCCCUGGGGCUGCAUCAGAAGGUGGCUGCCACUUUCCUGCCAACAGCUGUCAAGUUCCACUACGUCUUCAACCUCAGAGACUUGUCCAAUAUCUUCCAAGGCCUUCUCUUCUCUACCCCUGAAUGUCUGAAGCAGCCCCAGGACCUGGUGAAGCUCUACCUGCAUGAGUCCAGUCGGGUGUACCGGGAUAGGAUGGUUGAAGAUGUGGACUGUGACACUUUUGAUAAAAUCCAGCGGGAGAUGGUGAAGAAAUGCUACGAUGACAUUGAGGACACUUUAGAGCAGGCCAAACACAUGAAUAUUUAUUGUCAUUUUGCCAAAGGCCUGGGGGAGCCUGGCUAUAAGCCAGUUCCAAGCUGGGAGGAGCUGAACCAGAUCCUGGUGGAAGCCUUGGACAGCUACAAUGAGGUCAAUGCUGCCAUGAACCUGGUACUGUUUGAGGAUGCCAUGUGCCACGUCUGCCGCAUCAGCCGCGUCCUGGAGGCGCCGCGGGGCCACGCGCUGCUGGUGGGAGUGGGAGGCAGCGGCAAACAGAGCCUGACCCGCCUGGCUGCCUUCCUCAGCAGCCUCGAGCUCUUCCAGAUCACCCUCAGGAAAGGCUACGGCAUCCCUGACCUCAAGGCAGACCUGGCCAGCCUGUACCUGAAGGCUGGGCUGAAGGGUGUGGGCUCUGUGUUCCUGCUGAGUGAUGCACAGCUGGCUGAUGAGCAGUUCCUGGUGCUGGUCAACGACUUCUUGGCAUCAGGGGAAAUCCCAGAUCUCUUCCCUGAUGAUGAAGUGGAAAACAUCCUCAGCAGUGUGAGGAAUGAAGUCAGAACCCGGGGGCUGCUGGAUUCCAGGGAGAAUUGCUGGAGGUUUUUCAUUGAGCGAGUUCGACGGCGGCUGAAGGUGGUGCUGUGCCUGUCCCCUGUGGGCUCCAGGCUGCGGCUGUGCAGCCGCCGUUUCCCAGCCCUGGCUGCCUGCAGCACCAUGGAUUGCUUCCAGCCGUGGCCCCGGCAGGCCCUGGAGUCCGUGAGCUGCCGCUUCCUGCAGGACAUGGACACGCUGCAGGAUUCAGUCAAGGAUUCAAUAAGCAAAUUCAUGGCCCACGUCCACAUCAGUGUCAACGAGAUGUCCCGGCUGUACCUCAGCAACGAGCACCGCUACAACUACACCACCCCCAAGUCCUUCCUGGAGCAAAUCAAACUCUACCAGAGCCUGCUGCUGAAAAAGGACAAGGACUUGAAGGCCAAAAUGCAGCGGCUGGAGAACGGCCUGGAGAAGCUCAAGAGCACUUCUGCACAGGUGGAUGAGCUGAAGGCCAAGCUGGCAGCCCAGGAAGUGGAGCUGAAGCAGAAGAAUGAGGAUGCUGACAGGCUGAUCCAGGUGGUGGGGGUGGAGACGGAGAAGGUGAGCAGGAAGAAGGCGGUGGCUGAUGAGGAGGAGCGGAAGGUGGCCCUCAUCACCCAGGAGGUCGAGCAGAAGCAGAAGGACUGUGAGGAGGACCUGGCCAAGGCUGAGCCUGCCCUGGCAGCUGCCCAGGCUGCUCUCAACACCCUCAACAAGACCAAUCUGACGGAGCUGAGGUCCUUUGGGUCACCUCCAUCUGCUGUCAGCAACGUCACCGCGGCCGUGAUGGUGCUGACGGCCCCGGGAGGGAGGAUCCCCAAGGACAGGAGCUGGAAAGCAGCCAAAGUGGCCAUGGCAAGGGUAGACGGCUUCCUGGACUCCUUGAUCAAGUUCAACAAGGAGAACAUCCACGAGAACUGCCUCAAAGCCCUCCAGCCCUAUUUGCAAGACCCCAAGUUCAACCCCGAGUUCGUGGCCACCAAGUCCUCGGCAGCGGCCGGGCUGUGCUCGUGGGUGCUGAACAUCGUGCGCUUCCACCACGUCUUCUGCGAGGUGCAGCCCAAGAGACAGGCUCUGGACAGGGCCAAUGCUGAGCUGGCAGCAGCCCAGGACAAGCUGGCCACUGUCAAGGCCAAAAUUGCCCGCCUCAACGAGAACCUGAGCAAGCUCACAGCCAGGUUUGAGCAGGCCACGUCAGACAAACUCAAGUGUCAGCAGGAAGCUGAGGCCACAGCCUGCACCAUCACCCUCGCCAACCGCCUGGUUGGGGGACUUGCCUCUGAAAAUGUGAGAUGGGCUGAGGCCGUGAAGGACUUCAAAGAGCAGCAGAGCACCUUGUGUGGAGAUGUCCUGCUGAGCACAGCCUUUGUCUCCUACCUGGGCUACUUCAGCGGGAAAUACCGCCAGGAGCUCCUGGAUGGCAUCUGGAGGCCCUAUUUGCACCAGCUACAAGUGCCCAUCCCCGUGAGGCCGAGCCUGGACCCGCUGUGGGUGCUGGCGGACGCGGCGGCCGUGGCAGCGUGGCAGAACCAGGGCCUGCCCUCGGACCGCACCUCCACCGAGAGCGCCGCCAUCCUGGGCAGCUGCGAGCGCUGGCCCCUCCUGGUGGACCCCCAGCUGCAGGGCAGCCGAUGGAUCAAAUCCAGCCAUGGCGACAGGCUCCGCGUGAUCCGCGCAGGGCACAAGGGGUAUCUGGACACACUGGAACAAGCCCUGGCUGCUGGAGACGUGGUUUUGAUUGAGAACCUGGAGGAAUCCGUGGAUCCAGUGCUGGGGCCAUUACUGGGGCGAGAAACAAUCAAGAAAGGCAGGUACAUCAAGAUUGGGGACAAGGAGUGUGCCUUGCACCCUGCCUUCCGUCUGAUCCUGCACAGCAAGCUGGCAAACCCACACUUCCAGCCCGAGCUGCAGGCGCAGUGCACCCUCAUCGACUUCUCUGUCACCCGCCACGGCCUCGAGGAGCAGCUGCUGGGGGCUGUGGUGCGCCUGGAGAGGCCAGACCUGGAGGAGCUGAAGUCAGAUCUCACAAAGCAACAGAAUGGAUUCAAGAUCACCUUGAAAACGUUGGAGGACAACUUGCUCUCUCGGCUGUCAUCAGCAUCUGGGAAUUUCCUGGAAGACACAGAAUUGGUGGAGAACCUGGAGACCACUAAAAGGACAGCUGCAGAAAUUGUGGAGAAGGUGCAGGAGUUUAAGGUGACAGAAGCCAAGAUUAACGAGGCCAGGGAGCAAUACAGACCUGCAGCCUGCCGUGCUGCCCUGCUCUACUUCACCAUGAACGAGCUCCACGCCAUCCACCCCAUGUACCAGUUCUCCCUGAAGGCGUUCCAUGGGGUGUUCCAGAAGGCCAUUGAGAGGGCAGCUCCUGCUGACAGCCUGCCAGGGCGGGUGCUGAGCCUCUCUGACAGCAUCACCUUCUCCGUGUUCCAGUACACGACCCGGGGGCUCUUUGAGAGGGACAAACUGACCUUCAGUGCCCAGCUCACCUUCCAGAUACUUCUGAUGAAUAAAGAAAUCAACCCAGCAGAACUGGAUUUCCUGCUCAGGUACCCAGCACAGCCUGGAGUCACGAGCCCUGUGGAGUUCCUGUCUGACCAUUCCUGGGGAGGAAUCAAGGCUCUCUCAUCCAUGGAGGAAUUCAGAAACCUGGACCGGGAUAUUGAAGGAUCUGCAAAGCGCUGGAAGAAGUUUGUGGAGUCGGAGUGUCCUGAGAAGGAGAGGUUCCCCCAGGACUGGAAGAACAAGUCAGCCCUGCAGCGCCUGUGCAUCAUGAGAGCCCUGCGGCCAGACCGCGUCCCCUGCGCUGUCAGAGAUUUUGUAGAAGAAAAGCUGGGCAGCAAAUACGUGGUGGGGAGAUCCCUGGAUUUUGCAGCAACCUUUGAGGAAUCAGGGCCUGCAACCCCGAUGUUUUUUAUCCUGUCCCCAGGAGUGGACCCACUGAAGGAUGUGGAGAAGCAUGGGAAGAAGCUGGGCUACACCUUCAACCACAGGAACCUCCACAACAUUUCCCUUGGACAAGGCCAGGAGGUGGUGGCUGAACAAGCUCUGGAUCUGGCUGCAAAGGAGGGUCACUGGGUCAUCCUUCAGAACAUCCACCUGGUGGCCAAGUGGCUGAGCUGUCUGGAGAAGAAGCUGGAGCAGCUCAGCGAGGGCAGCCACCAGGAUUUCCGCGUGUUCAUCAGCGCGGAGCCGGCGCCGUGCCCCGAGAGCCACAUCAUUCCCCAGGGCAUCCUGGAAAACUCCAUCAAAAUCACCAGCGAGGCCCCCACGGGCAUGCACGCCAACUUGCACAAGGCCCUGGACAACUUCAGCCAGGACACCCUGGAGAUGUGCAGCCAGGAGAAGGAGUUCAGGAGCAUCCUCUUUGCCCUCUGCUAUUUCCACGCGGUGGUGGCGGAGCGGCGCAAGUUCGGGCCCCAGGGCUGGAACCGUCCGUACCCCUUCAGCACUGGAGACCUCACCAUCUCUGUCAGCGUGCUCCACAACUACCUGCAGGCCAGCUCCAAGGUCCCCUACGAUGACCUGCGCUACCUCGUGGGUGAGAUCAUGUACGGAGGGCACAUCACGGAUGACUGGGACAGGCGGCUCUGCAGAACCUACCUGGAAGAGUUUAUAAAGCCAGAAAUGCUGGAGGGAGAGCUCUGCCUUGCUCCUGGAUUUCCCCUCCCAGGGUACAUGGAUUAUAAUGGCUAUCACCAGUACAUAGACGAUGCCCUGCCUCCGGAGUCUCCCUACCUGUACGGCCUCCACCCCAACGCCGAGAUUGGGUUCCUGACACAGCGCUCGGAGCGGCUCCUGCGCACCGUGCUGGAGCUGCAGCCCCGGGACAGCAGCACGGGCCAGGGAGCACUGGGCACCAGGGAGGAGAUGGUGCAAGCCCUUCUGGAAGAGAUGCUGGAGAAACUCACGGACGAGUUCAACAUGGCAGAGCUGGUGGCAAAGGUGGAGGAGAGGACGCCCUACGCUGUGGUUGCCCUGCAGGAGUGCGAGCGCAUGAACGCGCUCACGGCCGAGCUGCGGCGCUCGCUGACAGAGCUGGAGCUGGGGCUGAAGGGGGAGCUGACCAUGACCAGUGACAUGGAGACCUUGCAGAACUCCCUCUUCUUGGACAUGGUGCCCGAGUCCUGGCUGAAGAGAUCUUACCCUUCCACAGCCAGCCUGGGCUCGUGGUUUGCUGACCUCCUGGCCCGCAUCAGCGAGCUUGAAGCCUGGACCAGGGACUUCUCCUUGCCCUCCACACUGUGGCUGGGAGGGUUCUUCAACCCCCAGUCCAUCCUGACGGCCGUCAUGCAGACUGCAGCCCGCAAGAACAAGUGGCCCUUGGACACGAUGACCCUGCAGUGUGAUGUGACAAAGAAGAGCAGAGAGGAUUUUGCCAGUGCUCCUCGUGAGGGGGCCUAUGUGCAUGGUCUGUUCAUGGAGGGAGCACGCUGGGAUGUUCAGGCCGGGACCAUCGUGGACGCCAGGCUGCAGGAGCUCACCCCGGCCAUGCCUGUCGUGUUCAUCAAGGCCAUUCCUGGGGACAAGCAGGACACCAGGGGUCUGUACCCCUGUCCUCUGUACAAAACACGCCAGAGAGGCCCAACCUACGUGUGGACUUUGAACCUCAAAACCAAGGAGAGCCCUUCCAAGUGGGUGCUUGCUGGUGUGGCCUUGCUGCUGCAGAUCUGAGGCACCAGCACAGCCCCUGCUCUGCAAACCCCUCACAGUGCCUUUGUCACACAAUUUGAGCAAUGAAAUGCUGAGAUUAACCCAAGUUCCAUCUCUCUGAUGGACUCCCAGGUUAUGUAGGCAGGACUGUCUCUGUGUCCUGGGGCUGUGACCCAAACAGGGCCUACAAGGAGGGGGCAGAGGAGCAGAGUGACACAGCCCAGCUCCGUGACUGCUGUAAAUCAAUAUCCUGUAAUUCCUACAUUGCUGCACUGGAAGAUCCCAGCCCAGAGCCUGAUAUACCACACCCACAGAGUGCAGAUCUUAAAUCUAAUUUUUAUUUCUCUUCAUGAUCCAAAGUAGUUUUAAAAUCAGUAGCCUUCUCCAGUGGCUUGUGAAAUUCUCCAGAAUUUAUUCUUCUCCCUCCCUGAGUGUUUCUUUGUCAUGUGUGUAAUGCUGGAAGCUGGGAGGUGAGCAGAUGUUGUGGUUAUAAGCUUUGUCUUGCUAACACUCCUGCAAAUCUUAGAAACAUUGAAAAUGGUUUUAAUAUCCAAUGUGCUUAAUGGAAUCAAUAGUGAAAGUACAGCACAGGGAUUAGUUAAGAGGAAUAUGUCAUGAUGAUACUUACUAAUAAAAGUAUUUGUUCCUGGAA